UUCCUAUCACCGCCCAUGGACUUCAUCUGUUUGCGAGAGGGAGCGAAUUCGUCAAAGAAUGUAUGCCCCUGCGACAACCCGCUAUGGGACAGAAGCGUGUUUACUGAAACAACGCAAACUAAAUUCGGAUUAUACUGCGAAAGCAUUUGGCUAAUUAGCUUUUCACAAAGCAUGAUGUAUAUUGGCUUGUUGAUCGGAGCUCUGCUCUUUGGAAUCUUGUCAGACAGGUACGGUCGCCUAUCUAUGUUCACUUUAAGCUGUCUCAUUUUAUCUGUAUCUGGAUGCUUAGUCAGUUUCAUGCCUACUUUAUCUUCUCAUACUUUUAUGCGCAGUAUUGAAGGCAUUGGUGCAGGAGGUGCCAUAAUCACAGCUUAUGUUCUUUGUAUCGAAUAUUGCGGCUUGAGGUACCGAGAAAUUGUAACGGCAUUCUUUCAUGUACCAAUUAACAUCAGCCAUAUGACUUUACCUGGAAUAUCAUAUUCAUUACGCAACUGCGAUGCGUUUCAACUGGCAAUAUCGAUUCCUGUUGUAUUUUAUGUUAGUUUGAGAUGGUUGAUAAUGGAAUCACCGAAAUGGUUAAUGGACAACGACCACAUUGAUGAAGCGGUUAGAGUUAUGGAAAAAUUUGCGUCAUUCAACGGAAUAUCUUGUGAAAACAUCAGAGCACAAAUCGAAGAGUAUCACACCCAACGUUCAACAAAAGCGCGGCGGCAGAUUAAGUUUUGGCAGAUAUUCAAACACAAAAAAAUAGCCAUGAAUCUUUUUUAUAUGUCCGUGAUAUAUUUCCUUUGCGGUAUGGGCUAUUAUGGUGUGUCUCAAUAUAUUGGCAAAAUGAGUGGAGAUAUUCAUGCAAACGUAGCGAUUUCUGGUGCCUUGUUACUGCCAGGAACAAUAGCAGCAAUAUUUUUACUUAAACUCUUAAACAGAAGGACAUUUUUGAUAUCGACUAUCUUUUUAUCUGGUGUGUUUAUGAUUGUAACGAUUUGUGUACCGUUCCAUUUAAACUUAAUCAGAGUUGUGAUUGCGUGUAUAUGUAAUUGUUUUUUCUUUAUGUCAUUUUUGAUAGGUUUUCUUUUUGCUGUUGAAUUGUUCCCUACACCUGUUAGAAAUUCUGUACUCGGUUUUUUAUCAGUUUCAUCAAGAGUGGGUCAAAUCAUAGCUCCUCUUAUAAAUUCUUUACCUGAAAAUAUAUCUGGUGCUGUGUUUGGAGUAUUUGCUUUGAGCGGAACAGUUUUUUGUUAUUUGCUACCUGAAACUAAAGAUACUGAAUUACCUUCAUCGUUGGACGAUACAAAAACACUAACUCGAAGAAGAACUACUCAUGCAGCCAAUGUCGCAAUAACGUGAUUAUAUUUAUAUAAAAAAAAUGUGU